AUGGGCAACUUAUUUUUGGUAGAACAAUUCGAAGUUACACGGCAAAUUGGAUUUGAAUAUCUGUUUGGUGGUGAUUAUGACGAUCGUGGUGAAGAAGAAGUAGAAUCAAUGCCGAUUUGUAGAGUUCAAAUAGAAGAAAUGAAUGUUUUUGGAGGAAACAGCUCAUAUGGUAGAUCUGAUGGUGUUUUUGAGCAAAGUAGUUUGAAGGCCGAUAAAAGGCCAGGUGGUGAAUCUGAAAAAGAAAAGGCGUGGGUUAUAAUAAUAGAAACAAUGAUGAGAAAGGAAAAGAUAUAA